AAAUGAGAUCCCAUUUCAGUUAAUUUCAAGACGUUAACAUAGCCACACGAAAAAGUUUUUAAGAAAUAUUACAUCAGUGCAAUGAAAGAGUAUGCUGUUUUACCAUUUAUUAUAUGGCUUUUGGGAACCUCUAUCUCUGAAGGUAGCACACAAACCCCAUCGAGUUGUGAAUCCCAUUAUAUUGGAUGGAAUUCUUUCGACCUAAGACCUUCAGAAACCGAUUUCUCCUUCUGCCAAUCCUUGUCGAAUGGAUUUUAUAAAUAUCCCUAUGACUGCAGUGCAUAUAUUUCCUGCCAUGAUUCAUGUGCUGACUUGGAGUACUGCCCCGGGGGAAAACUUUUCAACAGUCCUCUGGAUAUUUGCGACACACCCGAAGCUGUCGUCUGCGACCCAUUGCCUCAUCCAAUACCUCCAUCCACCGAAUUACCACCUGAAAAUCCUUGUGAGGGCCUAAAAAACAACACGCUUUUGCCCUCGGCUGAAAAUUGUAAUGAGUUCUUCGUGUGCGUGAAUCAGGAAAGUGAGGUUUAUCACUGCCCCGCCGAAAUGCUCUUCAAUCCGGAUUGGAAAAUAUGUGAUGAUAAGGAAAAUGUGUGGUGCUUUGGUGACCGCACGACACAAGAUUCGCUGGAAACCACACCGACGACUGAGGAGGAGUCUUUUACGAAAUGCGAGGGCCAGAAAAAAGGGACUUCCUUUCCGGAUACUCAAAACUGUCAGCAAUACUAUUACUGCUGGGGUAACAACUCUUACAUAAUCCUACCCUGCCCCGUCGACAACUGGUUUAAUCCGAUGAGUGGCAAUUGUGGUCCUGAUAUUUCACCAGAAGCUUGUCGGGAAGAGAUAGCCACCACAACUCCUAUUAUUACCACACCACCGUCAACUACAGUGGCCCCGACAUCGAAGGGUGAUGAUGACGAAAAUCCCUGUGCAGAUCAGGAACUCGGUGCCAGCUUUCCAUUAAAAUCCGACUGUCAGUCGUACCUUUUGUGCCUCAAUAAUGGCCAAUCGACGACUGCAAAGUGUCCAACCAAUGCCUGGUUCGAUCCAAAAACUGGGGACUGUGGCCCUAAUGUGUCUCCCACCGCUUGCCUUGAGUCCUCAGCAACUACCACGAAUGCUCCCACAACCCAGGGUUCGAAUGAUCUGUGUACGGAUAAAGAAUUGGGAUUCUCUUACCCCCUGGUGACUAACUGCCAGCAAUAUAUUCUGUGCAUGGGAAAUGGAGAGUCAGCCGUUGCCAAUUGCAUUUAUAACGCCUGGUAUGAUCCCAAAACAGGCAAUUGUGGCCCAGAUGUGUCUCCAACAGCGUGUAAGGAAACUAGUGUCACCACUCAAUCCCCCACAACUCAGGCCACCUCGCCUCUCACAACAUCUGCGACCACCUGGCCCACCACUUUACCCACGCCAAAUCCUGAUGAAACAACCACCUUCCCUCCGGAUAUUUCAGGUAUUUGCUAUGGAAAAAGCGAUGGCUACUAUGCCCAGUAUCCGGAGGACUGCAGCAAGUACAUAGUUUGCGCUAGUCCAGUUCCUAUAGCAUUUUACUGUCAAAAGGACUUCUUCUUCAACGAGGCUCUUCAGAAGUGCGUAGAAUGGGCUUCGAGUGAUUGUCCCAAUGAGGAGACUACCACAACGUCCCCAGGAUUAACGACUCCGAGCCCAGAUUCUUCGAUAUGCUUCAAUAACACUGGAAAUAAAUUGCCGUUCCAAGAAAACUGUCAAUGGUUCAUACACUGCAAUGAUGACUCCUCCUACAUGAUGGGUAUCUGUAGUAGUGAGGAAUUUUUCGAUCCAUGGAGUGGAGCAUGUGGCCCUAAUGUCUCACCGGAAGCCUGCAGGGAAGUCUACACCACUUUGGUUACAGAGACCACGGAGGACUUAACAACGCAGACAACCCAGAGUACCCAAAGUACCCAAAGUACUCCAGGUCCUAUAACAGAUCCUUGUGAAGGAGCUCCUGACGGGAAACUAGUUCCAUAUCCGGACGACUGCACCAAGUUUAUACAAUGCGUCCAGCCCAACCCAAUUGUCUAUAAUUGUCGGGAGGGUCAGGAGUUCAGUGCCUCUUUGGAAAGAUGUAUGGCCCCGUGGUAUGCCAAUUGUUCCAUUCCAGCUACCACUACCCCUAGCAUUCCUGUAACAACAACCACCACCAUAUCACCUUCCCCGGACGGCUCAUGUGCGGAUAAAGCUGAGGGAUCUAAGAUCCCCUAUCCCAGGAACUGCAGCAAGUACAUAGUCUGUGAGGAUCCCAUCCCGGUUGGCUAUGCCUGUCCCGAGGGCGAGGAGUUCAGUCCUUCGGUUUUGACCUGUAUGGAUCCUCAGCUGGCGGGCUGCCAAACCUUCCGCCUUCUUCCAGUUGCUUUGCUAACCAAAGCUGAUUCAGAAAAACCAAGCUUCUCUCUUUGGCAGUCUUUUAAAACGAUUGCAAGCUUUUUUGUAUAGAUUUUUAAUGCAAAUUAUGUGAACUAUAUGUUUUUAUAAAAUUAAUCAAUAAAAUGUUGUA